GUAGAAGAUCCAGAGCGCGUGAUUUUUUCACCAACUGUUGUUGUCCCGAAACUGGAAAAACUACUCAACAAGAAGUAAGUUAGAUUUUUCUACUCAGUGAUCAGGGCUUUCCUUACCUCUAGAUUUCUUCGUAUCAGUAGAAGCCGGCUCGGGCGAAGUUAGUAUUAGUAUUUCUAGAAUUGAGUGGGAGUUGGAAGAGUCGAUAUUUUUUGACGUCUUCCGUAGUCCUUUUUCCUUGGUGGAAUCUGGAAUCAGCUGCGUCCCAACAUCGUCAUCACCGUUCUAGCUUCUCAUGCCCCGCCGUCAGUGCGCGACGCUGCAAUACAGUGUUUACAUCGAGAGUUCGUUGCUGACAUUGUGAUAGAUUCACAUUGGGCAAGAGUGCCAUGGCUCAACCUACCACAACAAUGUCCGUGGCUCAACCUACGGCACCGAUGAGUAUAUCUACUGCAGCUAUGGAUACAUCUACUGGCCUUGUAGCUACACCCGCCACAGCUAUGGAUACAUCUACUGCCCUUGUAGCUACACCCGCCACAGCUAUGGAUACAUCUACUGCCCUUGUAGCUGCAUCCACAACAGCUAUGGAUACAUCGCCUGCACCUAUGGAUACAGCGACUGCACCUAUGGCUAUAUCCGCCGCAUCCAUUGCUCUACCUACUGCACCCAUGGUUAUAUCCACCACACCUAGUGCUCCACUUACCGCGCCUUUGGCUAUUCCUACCGCACCUUUAGCUAUUCCUACUGCACCUUUGGCUAUUUCUGCCGAACCUUUGGCUGUUUCUAUCGCACCUUUGGCUGUUUCUACCGCACCUUUGGCUAUUUCUGCCGAACCUUUGGCUAUGCCUACCACGCCCGUAGCUCCAUCCACCUUAGCUAUGACUCUAACACCUGUGCCACCAUGCACACCCAUGAAUAUGCCAGGCACACCUAACAGCCGCACGCAUGUCAACUUUGCAGACAUAAGGAACUAUCUGGAGAAUAAGGCAGUUCCCAGCACCAUCAAGAACAACGGCGAGCGAUCCAAUUUCCGAAAGGCAUGUGUUAACUUCUCCGUGAAGGACGGCAAUCUCUACUACCAGAAAAAUGAUCGAGAAGACUCCAAGAGGCUUGUGCUGUGGACCAGAGGUGAAUCACAGGCAGCAAUCAAAGAAGCACACGAGGGCAUCCCUGAAGGAACUUCUGGAGGCAAAACCCGCACCCACAAUGGUAUCCGCGUCACAACCAUGUUGAUUGCUAAGCGCUACUACUGGAGAACCGUCACUGAUGAUGUCCUAACCUAUGUCAAGGCGUGCAUGGUUUGUCAAAAGUACGCCGCCAAGGCUGCGAGCACUCCGAAGAAGGCGAAGAAAGAGGAGACCAUGGUGCUCUUGCUGUCUCCUGUCGGAUCUCCCGGGCCCGUCAGCCAAAGCUUGCAUUCACCAGCAAAUCCUGCUGGUGGCAGUGGCAGCGGCACCCCCGGUGCAGUCACUGAUAUGGCAACUGGAGUCGGUACGAGCAAUAGCAGCAUGGGUCCCACUCGCGUUGAAACGGACAGUUUCGGACCCAUGGAAGUGCCAGCCCGGUAUUAUUAUGGUGCGGUGACUGCUCGUUCGUUAGUCAAUUUCAAUAUCGGUGGUGACCGAGAGCGGAUGCCGCUUCCAAUUGUGCGAGCGUUUGGAUUCCUCAAGCAGGCAGCGGCUGAGGUAAACAUGAACAUGGGACGUCUGGAUCCUAAACUAGCGCAGGCCAUCAUCCAAGCAUGUCAAGAGGUGGUAAAAGGGUCUUUUGAUGACCACUUUCCGCUGCCUAUCUGGCAAACCGGCUCCGGCACACAAACAAACAUGAAUGCCAACGAAGUGAUCAGCAAUAGAGCGAACGAAAUCCUCGGCCAACCCCUGGGUACCAAGUCGCCGGUGCAUCCCAAUGACCACGUGAACAUGGGCCAGUCGUCUAACGAUACCUACCCGACCGCCAUGCACAUAGCCGUUGCAUUGCAGUUACAAAGAGUUACCUUGCCCGGCCUGGUGAGCUUGGAGAUGGGACUGAUCAAGAAAGCGCGGGAGUUUAAAUCGAUUGUCAAGAUCGGUCGCACGCAUACGCAGGAUGCAACGCCGCUGACACUGGGGCAGGAGUUCAGCGGAUAUGCGCAGCAGGUCACGAACUCAGUGUUGCGCAUCAAGGACACCUUGCCGCGCCUUUACCAGAUUGCCAUUGGUGGCACCGCUGUCGGAACAGGUCUCAACACCCAGGAAGGCUGGGCUGAGGAAAUGGCCUGCAAAAUCUCAGAGCUUACAACGCUGCCAUUCCUGACCGCCACGAACAAGUUUGAAGCCCUUGCUGCCCAUGACGCCAUGGCCGAAGUGCACGGCGCACUGAACACAGUGGCGUGCAGCCUCAUGAAGGUUGUGAACGAUGUGCGCUUCCUGGCGUCUGGACCCCGCUGUGGCUUCGGUGAAAUCUCUCUACCGGAGAACGAGCCCGGCAGCAGCAUCAUGCCGGGAAAGGUCAACCCUACCCAGUGUGAAUCCUUAUCAAUGGUGUGCGCGCAAGUCUUUGGCAACCACACAGCCAUUACGGUGGGUGCCGCCAGCGGACACUUUGAGCUCAACGUCUUCAAGCCGAUGAUUGUCUCGAAUGUGCUGCGAUCACUGCGCCUACUGGGUGAUGGCUGCCUGUCGUUUACAAACCUCUGCGUUGUCGGCAUUCAGGCCAACACUGCCAAGAUCGCCGAGCAUUUGGAGAAUUCGUUGAUGUUGGUUACCGCUCUCAGCCCGCACAUUGGCUAUGACAAGGCUGCAUCAAUAGCAAAGAAGGCCCACGCUGAUAACCUCACCCUCCGUCAAGCUGCUCUUGAGCUUGGAUUAGUCACCAAUGAGGUAUUUGAUGAGAUCGUGCGUCCGGAACUCAUGCUUGGACCUUCACCGCGCCAGGCAUCAUGAUCAAUUGUUUUGGUAAGCAACUGGCCGUGUCCAUCUUGGGGAAGUAGUCAACAGAAUUAGGAGAGAAUAGGAAUCGACUUGGAGUCGCUGUUCCAUCCUUGCUGUAAUAUAGCAACCGUUCAUUCGAUCAGCCGAAUGGUGCUGGCAGGUGUAGAAAUGUGCAAGACUGCCACCACUGUGCUCAGUGAAUUCUAGUAGAUCCCUGCCAACGUGCCCUCUGUUCAGUGCUGCUUCCGCUUCAACAUAUAUUGGAAAGCAUAUUGCAGCAAUUUGUCUGCAAAGUUGGAACAAAGUGUAGUUGCUGGAGCAAGACGCAGCAGCAGCAGCAGCAGCAAUGGCGUUCUACGAAGAACAUGGUAGCUGCAAUACCAUAGCUGCAUUUCUUAGGAGGCUUUCCAGGCAAGCUCAAUGAUAGCUUGUUGCUUUCAUUUGGCUCGGAAGCUUGUGUUCCCCGUAGCAUCGGUAAAUAGUGUAGUGGCAUCCAUGACCAGUGAAUCAUUGGAGUCCCAACUGAGCUUUAGUCCACAUCUUUUCUGCAUGCGCAUGUAUUGGAUAUGUCUUUGCCCUUGCUUGUUUUGCAUGUAUUGGAUAUGUCGUUGCCCUUGCUUGUUUUCAGCUUGAUUUGUCUAGCUGAUCAAUUUUUUACUCCUGGAUUUGUUUGUUCCUAAUUGUGAGUUUUAUUGGCUGUACGCAUAUGCGCAUCUCUCUCUCUCUUUCUCUCUCUCUCUCUCUCUCUCUCUCUCUCUCUCUCGCUCUCUCUCUCUCUCUCUCUCUCUCUCUCUCUCUCUCUCUCUCUCUCUCUCUCGCUCUCGCUCUCGCUCUCGCUCUCUCUCUCGGCUCCCUAUGAAUAUUGUAUUUGUCUUGCUUACAACGGUCUACAACCGUGUAUUAGUUGCUCUUAUAACAAGUUACUUACUGGUUUUACCAAGACUUACUACACAGUCCCAUUCUGUUUGUUGUGGCUUUUAUGCUCUUGCUUGGUGCUACAUUGUACAUGCACUACAUCUUAUUCUGUAAGACAUCGGUAACAGCAACACCGUACUGGA